GAAACAGCGGAGCCUCCCCCGGCGUGGGCAGCGCAGCUCCGCCGCCGGCCCGUGCCCCGGUGAGCGCGGCGGGAGCGGGCCAUGUCGGAGGCGGAGAGCGGUGCCGCAGGCCCUCUUUAGGCACUGGAACGUGCUCCAAGKUCUCCCUGGAGCMUUCUCUCCUGACCUGUCUCCAUAGCAGAGGAGYUCCAGCCCUCUCAUCAUCUCUGUGGCCUCCUCUGGACCUGCUCCAGCACAUCUCUGAAACAUGAGUGCCGAAACAGAUGCAGUUUCCACAUCUGCUUACUCAUCACCAGCCAAAAGUUUGGGAGAUCCUGGAAUAACUCCACUGUCUCCAUCACAUAUUGGGAAGGACUCUGAUGCAGACGAUGCUGUAGAACAGUUAUUUCUUGUUGUUGUGGCUAUUGAUUUUGGCACAACAUCCAGUGGCUACGCCUACAGCUUCACCAAGGAGCCAGAAUGUAUUCAUGUAAUGAGACGAUGGGAAGGUGGAGAUCCAGGCGUUUCCAAUCAGAAAACACCAACCACAAUCCUYCUAACUCCAGAGAGAAAAUUCCACAGCUUUGGCUAUGCAGCAAGAGACUUCUACCACGACUUGGAUCCCACUGAAUCAAAGCACUGGUUGUAUUUUGAAAAGUUUAAGAUGAAGCUACAUACCACUGGUAAUCUUACCAUGGAGACAGACCUGACAGCUGCAAAUGGCAAAAAAGUCAAAGCACUUGAGAUAUUCGCUUAUGCUCUGCAAUUCUUUAAGGAACAGGCAUUAAAGGAGCUCAGUGACCAAGGAGGCUCAGACUUUGAAAACACUGAAGUAAGAUGGGUCAUUACAGUGCCUGCUAUUUGGAAGCAGCCUGCAAAGCAGUUUAUGAGACAAGCUGCCUACAAGGCAGGAAUGGCAUCUCCUGACAAUCCYGAGCAGUUGAUCAUUGCCCUGGAGCCCGAGGCUGCCUCUAUCUACUGCCGAAAGCUGCGCCUGCACCAGAUGAUAGAGCUGAGCAGCAGGGCACCUGUCAAUGGCUACAGCCCGAGUGACACUAUUGGAACUGGAUUUACACAGGGAAAGGAACACGUGCGCCGGAACCGRCAGAGUCGGACCUUCAUGGUGGAAAAUGUAAUAGGAGAGAUCUGGUCUGAGCUGGAGGAAGGUGAUCGGUACAUCGUGGUGGACAGCGGAGGGGGCACAGUGGAUAUGACUGUCCAUCAGAUCAGGCUUCCUGAAGGACAUCUSAAGGAGCUCUACAAAGCAACAGGUGGGCCAUACGGUUCUCUAGGGGUGGACUAUGAGUUCGAGAAGCUCCUGUGUAAAAUAUUUGGGGAAGAUUUCAUCGAGCAGUUUAAAAUCAAGCGUCCUGCGGCCUGGGUGGAUCUGAUGAUCGCCUUCGAGUCCCGCAAGCGGGCGGCAGCUCCCGACAGGACCAACCCCCUCAACAUCACCCUGCCUUUCUCCUUCAUUGACUACUACAAGAAAUUCCGGGGCCACAGCGUGGAACAUGCCUUGAGGAAAAGCAAUGUGGACUUUGUGAAGUGGUCCUCCCAGGGAAUGCUGAGGAUGAGCCCRGAUGCCAUGAAUGCUCUUUUCAAACCUACGAUCGACCAGAUCGUUCAGCACCUGAGUGAAGUGUUUGAUAAGCCRGAGGUGACCAACGUCAAGUUCCUGUUCCUGGUGGGCGGCUUYGCCGAGUCCCCCUUGCUCCAACAAGCCGUGCAGAGCGCUUUCGGCUCGAGGUGCCGGGUGAUCAUCCCUCAGGACGUGGGUCUGACCAUCCUCAAAGGAGCUGUUCUCUUCGGCCUCGACCCUGCUGUCAUCAAGGUGCGGCGCUCUCCGCUCACCUACGGCGUCGGGGUGCUCAACCGCUUCGUGGAGGGGAAGCACCCGCCGGAGAAGCUGCUGGUCAAAGACGGCACGCGCUGGUGCACCGACGUCUUCGACAAAUUCAUCUCAGCCGACCAGUCCGUAGCCCUGGGAGAGACUGUGACACGCAGUUACACACCUGCCAAGCCUUCUCAGCURGUGAUAGUGAUCAACAUCUACAGCUCUGAGCAAGACAGCGUCAGCUUCAUCACCGAGCCCGGCGUCAAGAAGUGCGGCACCCUGCGCUUGGAUCUGACGGGAACUGACGCUACCGUGCCCAACCGGCGCGAGAUCAAAACGCUGAUGCAGUUUGGGGACACUGAAAUCAAAGCCAUGGCYGUCGAUGUGGCCACCUCUAAAAGUGUCAAAGUUGGUAUUGAUUUCCUAAACUACUGACGGGCUCUUUUCCCCACCACAGCCUGUGUGUCAGACUGAUCUUUCACUGUUCCUUUUUUUGACUUCCUGUCUGUCAUGUCAUCGCCUUGAAUUUCAGCAGGCUAUAGGAGAACAGCUAGUAAGGUGGGGUGUGCUGUGUUUGUGCCCUUUGGUGACCAAAGGCUGGAUUUUGAAAGACCCUUAAAAAGUUUUGGGAGCAAAAGUUCCAGAGGUAGUAAAAGAUACCAAGUUACUCAAGCAUGCUUAAAGAUCUMCCUUUAUUAAGUAAACACUGAUUAUUGUUGAGUCCUGAAGGUUAGUUAAAAAAAUACCAAGUUGUAAUCUCUUUGCCUUGUUCUUCUUCCUCUUCCUCCUAAAAACACUCACUAGCACAUGUGGCUGAUGUAGGGAGUGUAUCUUAGUGGGAAAUCUGUUUAAACAGCACCAUCCUCUGGCAAUUGGAACAAAAAAAAAAUCGUAGUUUUACAGUGUUCUUUUGAUUUUGCCCAGUGCUUUCAGAAUUUAAAGUGCUGAAAAUCAGUGACUCAAAGAAWUGGGAACUAAAUUACUAAAGUUCUGAGUAAAAAAAAUCCUCUGAAAUCUUGAAAAUUAUAUUUAGGAAAUACAUGUGUGUUUUAUGAGCUUAAUAUUGAUUGUUCCAGUUUGAAAAAAAGCCUUUACUGUCAAUGCUCUCACUACAAGCUGUUAGAUGAAUUAGCUAGCAUUACCCUCAUCAUACUUUGGAAAAUCAUAUUAAGAGCAAACCGAUUUCUCUUUUGGGUCUUCUAAACUUASUUUUAUUAGUCUCCAUCUGAAACCACAGAAUCACAGAGUAGUUGAGCUUGGAGGGGACAUCCUGUGACUCUAUGAUAAAACCUCUCAGUUCUAAGUAGUAUCAACCAGAACAAAUUGCUUUUUACAAUUUUGAUUAUCUUUGAAAUGAAGAUCCUUAAACUCCAAGCAACUUACUUGACAACUCUCACUGCAAAAAAAAAUUUCUUAUGCUUCAAAGGAAUUUCUGGAGUUCAAAUUCAUGUGCGUUGCCUCUUUCUUGCCCUUUCACUGAUACCUCUGAGAAAUCUGGUUCCGUCCUCUUUCCUGUCUGUUCUCAGACAUUUGUGCACAUUCCUAGCACCCCYUGAGCCUCUUUGAGUGCAACAGCCCCAGCUCUCUCAGCCUCUCCUCACRUGAAAGAUCCCCAWUCCCUWCAU